UUAUAUACACAGCAACCGCGGAGCAGAACCAGAGGAAGAUAAAAACAUGGCCACUAUUAUGGCGCAGUUGCUGCUAUCCAGCUGCUAUCCGUCUUUGUGUGCGUGGUAGGAUCCUAACAAUAUAUGGCGUCUCCCGAGGAGGAGAGUCCUAGCGUUUUCAGGAUGACUAAGCAAUUUCGAAGACGAAUCAUUAAACACAACGGAAAAGUAUCGUUUUUCGAGGAUCGCUGUGACUCUUGAAACAGUUCACGGAUUAAAAAUUAUUGCUAUGAAUAUGGAACCACUUUCACCUGGUCCUUGUUUGGACAUCAGUGACGACGAACUCGUCACUAUAUCAGUCAGAGAUCUGAACCGUCAAUUGAAAUUAAGAGGUCUGACACGCGAUGAGAUCGUUCGCAUGAAACAGCGCAGACGAACACUGAAGAAUCGAGGCUACGCAGCAAGUUGUAGAAUCAAACGAAUUGAGCAAAAGGAUGAAUUGGAGUCGGAGAAGAGCCAAGAGUAUCGAGACAUGGAAGCAAUGCAAGAAGACAAUAACAGAAUGCGGGAAGAAAUUGAAUCCUGGCACGGCAAAUAUCAGGCCCUUAAAAAAUUUGCUGUCGACAAAAAAAUUAUCAUUCCCCCCGAGUUGCAAACGAUAUAAUAAUUCUUGCUCAUUUUUUUCUCAAAUACUUUUUCUGUCAAUAACCUCUUCUUUUCGUCUCAUUGUAACAUUAUAACAACCUAUAAGAUUGCGUGGGUGAAUGUACUUUCUGGUUUAUUCAUUAAACAUAAAACAGAGUGCGUUUAUUCAAUAGA